GGCUUCAGAUCCUUCUUGAAGUUGCAGGGGUGGACAUGCGCCUUGGUUUUGAUUCACAUUAUUUCCAGCUGAAGUUAGCCAUCUCAGGUCAGAAUCCAUCGCUGCAUGAAAGUACUGUUCGCACUUUUGUAGAAAGCUUGAGCAGCGUGUCUUCAACAAGGACAAACGAUGAAGAUCACGGCACUGACGAUCCUCAAAUUCAAUGGCGAUACCGCAGACCCUACUCUCCUUGCAAACGCGAGUGACGUCAGCAACUUUGGGUACUUCCAGCGGAGCUCUGUCCGAGAAAUGAUCAUCUUUGUUUCAAGGACGGUUGGUAAGAGGACUCCCCUGCAACGACGGCAAAGUGUGGAGCAUGAAGAGUACAUGGUUCAUUGCUACAACAAAAACGGUCUGCUCGGGUUAGCAUUUGUUGACAGAGCGUAUCCGCUUCGAGGGGCGUUUUCAGUCAUCAAUAAGAUUCUGGAAGAGUAUGAGAGGCAGGCGGUCGGUUCCUGGUCAAGUAUUACAACAGACAACAAAGACUCUGUACCAUGGCUCCAAGAGGCGCUCGUCAAAUACCAGGAUCCUUCCGAAGCGGACAAGCUUACGAAGAUACAGCGGGAUCUGGACGAAACGAAGAUUAUUCUGCACAAGACGAUUGACAGUGUUUUAGCCCGGGGGGAGAAGCUUGACAGUCUUGUUGAGAAGAGCACGGAUUUGAGCAUGGCAUCACAGGUAUUCUAUAAGCAAGCAAAGAAGGCCAACAGUUGCUGCGUCAUCCUGUAAAUGUCGCUCUUGUGGUGGAGUCUUUGUGUUAAACGUUGUGUAUAUUGUAGAAAUAGGGGGCUUCUAGGGGGCUUCUUGGUGACGCCCUUCACAGCUGUGGCGUACAGCGCUUGCGUAGACGAAGUAAUAGAGCCUGAGGUUUGUGCAACGAGCUUAUUGGGGUGGUGUAUGCUGCAAUAUACAGCCUGCUCCCUCAAUGCCUUGCCGCAGGUUUUAUUUGAAGUCAUGAGGCGCCCCGGAGUGACGCCAUGAUGCAAUCAGUCGAUUCCGGAGUCCUCUUACUUGUGUCGAUCGUCCCGUUAGUUGCAGUACAAAUACUGCACCGGAGCUGGGCCUUGUAUAUGGUCAAACAUCAAGCAUGGCGCAACCGGCUACAUCCUGGUAAAUGAGCCAAAGUUUAUAUAUAUAGUCAGAUCGCGUCGCGCAGCUGCAGUGAUACUAUAGGAUUGUGCAGCUGAAGUUUUCACCACUAAGACGGUCCGGCUGCAUGGUCAUGCCAAAACGAUUUAAAU